CGGGACUUCACCUCUUCCGGCCCAAAGCCCCAGCGCCGCCGAAACCCCUCGCCCCCCCUCCCCUUCCCUUGCACCGGAGCACACCUCGAAGCCCCUCUACUACACUGCACUGGGCGUGGAGUCGAGAUCCGCCCCGCCGCGAUUCCGUCGGCUGGUGAAGAAGCCCUAGCUUGUUUAUACUCUUCUCUGUCUUGCCCUGGUCUUUUCCUCGCUGUGCGUACCUCACAAGGUGAAAGAUGGGUAUCCUCGAGAGGAUCAAGGAGAUUGAGGCCGAGAUGGCUCGGACGCAGAAGAACAAAGCAACAGAAUAUCAUCUUGGACAACUGAAGGCAAAAAUUGCAAAGCUGAGGACACAGUUAUUGGAGCCUCCAAAGGGUGCCAGUGCCGGAGGAGAUGGUUUUGAGGUCACAAAGUUCGGGCACGGUCGUGUUGCGCUUAUAGGGUUUCCCAGUGUUGGAAAGUCAACACUUUUAACUAUGCUGACCGGGACACAUUCUGAAGCUGCAUCGUAUGAGUUCACAACCCUCACUUGCAUUCCUGGUAUUAUCCAUUACAAUGACACCAAAAUCCAGCUUCUUGAUCUUCCCGGUAUCAUUGAAGGAGCCUCUGAAGGAAAGGGGCGUGGUAGGCAGGUUAUCGCCGUCGCCAAGUCAUCAGAUCUCGUGCUUAUGGUUCUUGACGCCUCAAAAAGUGAAGGGCAUCGCCAAAUAUUAACUAGAGAACUGGAAGCUGUUGGCCUCCGUCUGAACAAAAGGCCUCCUCAGAUAUACUUCAAGAGGAAGAAGACUGGCGGGAUUUCUUUCAACAGCACAGCACCUUUAACUCAUAUUGAUGAGAAGCUCUGCUAUCAGAUACUGCAUGAGUACAAAAUUCAUAAUGCAGAGGUAUUAUUCCGUGAGGAUUCUACUGUGGAUGAUCUGAUUGAUGUCAUUGAAGGAAAUCGGAAGUACAUCAAGUGUGUUUAUGUAUAUAAUAAGAUCGAUGUUGUCGGUAUUGAUGAUGUGGAUAAUCUUGCUCGGCAACCAAAUUCACUUGUUAUCAGCUGCAAUUUGCAGUUGAACUUGGACAGGCUGUUAGCAAGAAUGUGGGAGGAAAUGGGUCUGGUGAGAGUGUAUACAAAGCCGCAGGGUCAGCAGCCUGAUUUCGGAGAUCCAGUGGUUCUUUCUACUGAUAGGGGUGGUUGCACAGUUGAAGAUUUUUGCAAUCACAUCCAUAGGAGCUUACUCAAGGAUGUGAAAUAUGUGCUUGUGUGGGGAACGAGUGCUCGGCACUAUCCACAGCAUUGUGGUCUUGGCCAUGGUCUUGAAGAUGAGGAUGUGGUCCAGAUAGUAAAGAAGAAGGAAAAAGAGGAGGGCGGACGAGGCCGUUUCAAGUCACACACCAAUGCACCUGACCGCAUCUCCGACAGGGUCAAGAAAGCUCCUCUCAAGACAUGAUCCCGUCGCCCCGGCGAUCGCUGUGGGCUGGAUUUGUUCCGGAUGGACCUACGGAUCUGAUGAUGUGCCGGAUGCUACAUUGCACAGCCCCAUUUUGUGCCACAAGGGCCACCAUAUUUGAGUACUCACCUAGCCAUCAAGUCUGGCAUGGCAUCCAUCUCUGCACAAUCAUAUGAGAAAUGUUGCUUUUAUCCAGAUAGUGUAUGUGCUCUCGUGCCGUAUAAGAUGAGUCAGGCUUGUGUUGCAUACGAGUGUUUUUGGCAGGAAACUUUGCAACCGAGUUAGCUACAGAUGUUACCUGUUGUUAUCGUACUGUGUUUGGAACGCAUUAAUUAAUUACUGAGUUUUGCUACAAA